AAUUAUAACGUUGAUGUUUAUAUUACUAUGUCCUUUGCUUAAGAAUUUCCUUUAGAGAUUUAAACGAAAUAUAUUUGAUGUCCUAACAUGCACAUACGUGUUUUAAAAAUCAAGUGUAGCACGGCGUUUUGGCUAAAUGCACACUUCCGGUAUCGUGGUUCUUUUCCGCAGCGAAGAGUUUAUCUGGCUAGUUAGCACUUUAGCAUGCUAACCCAGCAGUUUCCUUCUCCAUCAGCGCAUUCCGACUCUCUCUGCCCACUUAUUCCUCACGCAUACUCUCAUACCACUCUGAAUGCUCGUAGAGUGCUGUACACAUGUAGAAGGCUAAUUAAAGCAUCCAUACAAGCCCAUUUUAAUAAUAUUUUAAGGCUCUCAAUUAGCAUAGCUUAACCACUCGUACGCGUUUGAUUUUUUUAGCGUUAGCCGCUGGGUGCAACUUGCAGCUUUAAUCAAAAUGUAGUUUGAUUUUAUACAGGCGUAAAAAAGCGAAAUUUAGCCGUAAAUUUAAAGGUACAAACUCUUUCAGUGGUUCCGAUGUGUCCUGAGUUUCAGCAUGAUCAUUUGCUUAGCUGGUUAUGAGAGUAAAGUUGCAGAACUGUUGAAUUUGAUGGCAAGUUAUCUGGUUUUCUCUCAUGUUAACUUCAGACUUACUAUGAAGCAUAUAAACUUAAAAGAGAGCCCAGAUAAUGGUUAUAAGCAGUCCAUUUUGCUAAAUGUGGCAGCCAGUUUGCAGGCAACAUAACAUCUAGUGUUUAUUUGGGUUGGGAUCUGAGAUCUUUGUAUAUGCGGGGUGUUUACCAUAGAUGUCUUCAGCAUUUACUGAUGGUGUAGUGCCACUACCACCGCGUACUAUUGGUAGAUUGAGUUUAAAACCUGUCCGUGAAUGUCCCACCAGUGAAUCUCUCCUCUCCAGGAUUUUGAUUAUUAACGAUCAAAAGGACAGUAUGGCCACCACUGUCGCAGUCAGCCCCAGUGAAUAUCUUCAGCCCUCCACUACCACUUCUCAAGAUUCACAGCCCUCCCCACUGGCCCUUCUGGCAGCUACCUGCAGUAAGAUCGGGCCUCCUGCUGCCCAAGCCCCAGUCAGCACACCACCGGCUCAGCCAACCACACGCCGUCUGCACCCCAUCAAGCCUGCCCCUAUUGCUCCAGCUCCACCCAAAAACCUUGGGUUUCUCUCAACAAAAGGGAAUGUUAUCCAACUGCCUGCAGGCCUUGGUUCCUCAGGGGCCAGUCCCAUUGUCUUCACAAUUCAGAGUCCUUCACGCCAAGCGGGCACAUCCACACCCAACAUCCAGUACCAGGUGAUUCCUCAGUUCCAGGGAUCUCAGACCAUUCAGAUGGUGCCUCAGGGAGGACAGAUCCAGAUCAUCCCUGGAACCAACCAGGCCAUUUUCACCUCACCUGUCACAGUUCAGUCUGCCACACCUGCCCCACCACCUUUGGCUCCAGCGCCGGUUCCCCCGCAGAAGACAGUGGCGAUCAAGCCAUCCUCACUAAAGCAUCGACAGAAUAAUGCCAAUGCUAAUGUUGUACGACUUCCUAGUGGACUCACACUGCCUCUCAACAUUACCACAGGUGAUGUGGGAGGAGGUCAGGUUGUCACAGAGACUGCUGCUGCUCCAGUGAAGGGCAAGAGGGGAAGGAAGAGGCAGGUGGCUGUAGCCCCACCAACCCCUGCCCCUCAACCAGCCUCACCACCACCUGUGGCUGAGCAGGUGGAGGCGUUGCUAAUAGAGACCACAGCUGAUAAUAUUAUUCAGGCAGGGAAUAAUCUCCUGAUCGUGCAGAGUCCAGGGGGGAAUCAGCCGGCUGUGGUGCAGCAGGUGCAGUUGGUUCAGCAGAAAUCAGAUCAGCAGGUCGUUCAGAUCCCCCCGCAGGCUUUAAAAGUUGUACAGGCUGCCUCUGCCACACUUCCCCCUGUACCACAGAGACAGACAGUCCAGCCCAGUGUGCAGGUUACACCCUCAGAACCCACCCAGGUGCUGAUUAAAACAGCCUCAGGUGAAUGGCAGGCUGUACAGCUACAGGAGACCACAGUUACUACACCGACCACACCCACCAGCACACCAGCAGUGGUCUCUAAAAAGGCUCAAACAGGGACACGUAAAGAGAGGACUCUCCCUAAGAUUGCCCCGGCUGGAGGGGGUCUGAUAACACUGAAUGCAGCCCAGCUAGCAUCUGCUGCUCAGGCUGUUCAGACCAUCAGUAUUAAUGGUGUGCAGGUGCAGGGUGUUCCUGUAACUAUCACCAACGCGGGGGGCCAGCAGCAUCUCACAGUGCAGGCGGUUCCAGGUGGGGGUCUACAGCUGGGCAGUACCCAAACGCAGACCAUGCAUGUGGAGCAAACGCAGACACUCGCACUGGAAUUGCAGAGUCAGCCAGGAGAGAAAAAACGACGCAUGGCCUGCACCUGCCCAAACUGCAAAGAUGCAGAAAAGAGGCCAGGAGAGGUGGGGAAAAGAAAACACAUCUGCCACAUAGCAGGCUGUGAAAAAACCUUUCAAAAGACGUCCCUACUGCGGGCGCAUGUCCGGCUGCACACAGGUGAGAGACCAUUCGUGUGCAGCUGGGUCUUCUGCGGAAAACGAUUCACACGCAGUGACGAACUGCAAAGACACGCCAGGACACACACAGGAGACAAACGUUUUGAGUGCAAUAAGUGUCAAAAACGUUUUAUGCGGAGUGACCACCUCACAAAGCAUUACAAAACGCACAUCAACACAAAGACUCUGUAAACAGCUCCUUUCAGAUGGUUGCAAGAACAUUGGGAGGGAAACAUUCUUCCCAGGGGCUUGAAAGAAGGGAGAAAAUAAAGAGGUCAACCCCCUUUCAUGUGUACGAUGUGCCCCUGUAAAGUCACCUGUUAAUACUAGCCAUUUCCGGUUAGACUUUACUCUUGCUGUCUCCUUUUUUAACUUACCCUCAUUGUCAGAGGAAGGCUGGCCGGCUGCACAAGUGUGGCCCUCACCUGAGAAACAAAGAACAUGGAGACCAUUCGUGUCUUGGUUGAGUGGAAAGGAAGUCUAUCUCAGUUCGAACUACAGCAUCGAUGAACACUCCAGCCAAAAAAGUUCCUAUCCCCUCUUAUUUCCAAAUUUUCACCUGUAUAUUUUUGGUUAUUUUAGCUAUCAUGCCCCCUCAGUGGUUUCUGGACUUUAUUGUGUAAAUGUUUGUUUUCAUACAUACAAACCUACAUUUGUACAUACUUGGGCAAAUUUGAAUACAAACGUAACGCUGUGGACAACUCUUUAACCCAUUUGAAGUAAUUUCAGUUGUUGAAUGACUUAUGGCUGAUUUAGACUUUUAAACAGAAGCCUGAAAGUUAUGAAACUUGGUUUCAUAUAACCUUGGUUGAUUAUUUUUUAAAUAUUUGGGGUGGUUUACAUUUCCAUGGUUUGACAAUCGUAUCUAGUCUGCAGAGGAGAUAAGGUAAAUAUAAUUGGACUUGCUGCAGGUGUAAAGGUGGUAACCCUCUUUUAUUAAGUUUGAAAUAAGGAAUAAUUUAUAUUUAAAAAAACAUGUCUGAUUUUUAAAGAUUGCAUGCAUGUCCAUGCAAAAAUGUAGAUAAACAAGAACUCAUGUUUGUGUUCUAUUGUGUUCUGAAUUCAUGAAGCAGGAAGAAAUGUCUAUGGUGAUAAUAAUCUGAUCGGUUAUGAAUAUAUACAUGUUUUUAUUUAAACUAAAGUACAGUUAAACAAGUCUCAAACUAAUGGUUAGUGAAAGUCAGUCAUUCCAUUUAAUUUCAGCUAUGUUUUUGUCCAAGCUCUCUAAAAGAGGCCUUAAUAGGAAAAAAAAUGUCUGUGCUCAUGUAUGUUUGUAUAGUGUCUGAAUUCGUACUGUUGUUUUUGGGCAUAAAAUGUAGGAUAAUUGUUACACAUGUGUAUUGGCUUGUGCUGCCAAUCAUGAAAGAUGUAGACUGUGUACAGUGUAAACGAGAAGGAAAUACAUUGUAUAGUUUCAUUCCUAUAAUACGCAAGACUAAUAGAUUACCCUUUUUAUUGACUAAAAGUUGCCUUAGUCUGUUGCACCCAUAUUUAAAGAGAAUUGUCUUUUUCCAGGGAACUGCGUUUGUAGAACUGCUUUAUUUUUUGUCUAACUUAUGAAGUGGUAAGAAAUGCCAAUUUAUGUGCACUGACCAAAUUCAGGGUUUUCACUGAGUGGAUAAGUUAAUUAUUUGGUUUAUAUGCCUACAUUUGAUUUGACAGAUUUAAAGGAGUCCUUUUAUCUUUCCAUGAUAUACCCCACUUUUAAGGAUCCCUGGCUUUGAAAAUUGGUAGGUAAACCUGUGUUUGUAUAACUUGUAUUGAGGAGCUUAGACAGAGACAUUGCUCUCUUUUUCUACAGUCAGACCACCUCUCCAGCUCACAUAAUAAAGCAUAACACAAUACA